UAAACUGAAGGCAAACAGGGAGCAGCUGAACUGAACAGCGCAUUAGUGGGUGCUUGUGGAUAUAAUAUCAUCUACCUGUCCCUGUCACUCUGACACUAUAGUAUUGCACAAAUACAGUGUCAGCCAGGAUAUUUAUUUUAUUUUGUUUGCUUCAGCUUCUUUUAAAUUAAUCGUUAUUUUCUUCAGAUACCGAUAAUGCCAGCAGGGCUUUAAAUUAAGACAUCUUGAGUCAGUUAAGCAGAGCUGUGAACGCUACUGGAAGAGCUCCACCGCGAAACUCUUGAUACCACAGUUUUUCCCUUUGGACGGUGUGCGUUGGCAUUAAGGAAGGUAAUCUGAUUAUACCACCGGGUCUUUUGUUUGUUCAUCGAUGAACUCUACGAAAGAUCCACUGAAUUUGGAACAACUAUCCGGGAAUAAACUCACAUCUCCUCAUCAUACCACACUGGCAAUGGCUUCUUUGCAGCGAUCUAGUGAGCCCAAACACCGACUGGAGGUGCACACCGUCUCAGACACCUCCAGUCCAGAGUCUGUAGAAAAAGAAAAAAGUCAGAGUAAAAACGAUGACUCUGCUGCAGACGAUCCUUCAAAAAAGAAGAGGCAACGACGCCAAAGGACUCAUUUUACCAGCCAACAGCUACAGGAACUGGAAUCCACAUUUCAGAGGAAUCGGUAUCCUGAUAUGUCAACCAGGGAGGAAAUUGCAGUGUGGACCAAUUUAACUGAAGCUAGAGUCCGGGUAUGGUUCAAGAACCGUCGUGCCAAGUGGAGGAAGAGAGAAAGAAACCAACAGUCAGAGCUAUGCAAGAACGGCUUCGGUCCCCAAUUCAAUGGCCUUAUGCAGCCCUACGAAGACAUGUACCCCAGCUACACCUACAAUAAUUGGGCCGCGAAGGGUCUGACAUCGGCCUCUCUCUCCACAAAGAGCUUCCCUUUUUUCAACUCAAUGAAUGUCAACCCACUGUCGUCGCAGACAAUGUUCUCGCCACCGAACUCCAUCUCGUCCAUGAGUAUGUCCUCAAGCAUGGUACCCUCUGCAGUCACAGGCGUGCCGGGCUCCAGUCUCAACAGCCUCAAUAACUUGAAUAACCUCAACCCUUCUCUCAAUUCUGGCGUGGCAACAUCAGCCUGUCCUUAUGCCCCGCCAACCCCUCCUUAUGUAUAUAGGGACACUUGCAACUCCAGUUUGGCCAGCCUAAGACUGAAAGCCAAACAGCACUCCAGUUUUGGAUAUGCCAGUGUUCAGAACCCAGCCUCUAACCUGAGUGCUUGCCAGUAUGCAGUGGAUAGGCCAGUGUGAAAACCGAAAAUUCCAUAACUGAAUGAGGAGAAAAAGAGACUCCAGUUGACUUUAAAAAAGGGCACUACAGACUAAAUCACUGAAUAUGAGCAAAACCUGAGAUGGAGAAUCUAACUUAAAAGCAACAGAUUAAUUACAGGCAUCCUUCCUACAAGUAUUUUUUUUUUUCUCAAAAGAACAAGUGCAGAAUUCAUCUGGAUGUGCCAUUUUAUUCCUAGAUAGGCUUGGUACUUUUAAGUUCAGCAUUGUGGACACUGAAUGACUGAAAGGAUGUAUAUAUCAGAAUGUCUAAAUAAUUUUUCAAAAGCAAAUGCUAGUACUAUCUCAACAGUGUUUUCAAGGUUUAGUUUUUUUAAGCAUGUUGAAGCGUAAAGGAAAUGUGUUUUGCUUGCAAACAAGGGAAUGUAUAUACUUAAUGCACCAGUUGUAUGUUUCUAACAU